AUGUUUUCCUUGAACCUAAAAAGAAAAAAAGAAUUUGAGAAAAGAAUUUCUGAUGAUGAGGGAGAAGAAUCUCAUGAUGAGGAGGAUGUGGAGGCAAAUUCAAUUAAAAAAAUUAAAUCAAUAGUAGCAGCAACAACACCCUCAUCAUCUCAAAUAGAAACAAGAACAAGAAUAACUGUUUUAGAAGAAGAUACUGCUGAAAAUGGUGUUGAUAGAAUUGAUCAGGUUUGUCAAAACUCCAAAAGAAUAAAAUUAAAUAAUGAAGAGAUAUGUACCUCUGACAUCAAUUAUUCAGCAGAUGAACCAGCAUAUUUUAGGAUCAUAGAUUUAAGUGGAGAAGACAUUGGGUUCAAAAAAAUAUUCACUGAAAUUGAAUGGUCUGAAAUAAUACAAGAUUUAAAAACAAUUGCUUUCAACCUUGAACGACUUCCAAAUUCAGUGAGUGAAGGAUAUUUCUCUAGUUCAUUCACAAAUAUGUUGACCAAAGGUAUCUUGACUUAUGCGCAUGGUUUAUCAUAUGAUGAAGGUGAGACACAAAGCUUAGCAUCAACAUUAGUAAAAAAUUUGGAUCAGGACCCCACUAGCAGAAGCAUCAUAGGUCAAGAAUGUGACUGUUGUGUUCAUAAGGGUGGUUUUGAAUAUGUAACUGGACUGAGGUCUGGAGGGCUACCUGAGGCAGCCAAAUCAAAAAAAUGGGGGGAUAAGGUUGACCUUGCUGUUACAAUGAGAGAUGUUUUACUAAAAGAAGGACUUGAAAACAAUGGAGUUGAUGCAGAGAACUUUAGGAAAAUUUUUACUCUGGGAAUGCAUAGUUAUGGAUACAAAUACAAUGUUUAUGGAAUUGACUGGAAAGCCAAGAACCUUUGGCAGUUUGGACUACUUCAAGAAACAAAUUUACCACAAAUUAUCAACCAAUUUCCAAUGAUUGAAAAGACCAUCACUUUGUUGUUGAGGGUUGAGCCAUUAAAAGAUAUGAUUAGAAUACUCUCAAAACUUAUAACAAAUGAUAAUAAAGUUUUGAUACCAGAAUUUUAUGAUAAAGUUAGAGAAGCAACAUCAAAUGAAAAAAAAUUAUAUGAACCAAUUAUCAAAUCAGUUAAUAGGAGUAAAUUAUUAUUUGGUAAUGAAAAUAAAGAUUUGAUAGAUUCGUUGAUGUUGAGAUGGAGAUAUCCAUCACUAACUAUACAUAGAAUAGAUGUAAGUGGACCAAAUGAUAAUACAACAGUUAUAUCACAUAAAGCAGAAGCUAUAUUAAGCAUGAGGAUUGUACCAGAUCAAAAUAUAAAUGAUAUAAUUAAAAAUUUUCAAAUAUUUGUAAAUGAAAAAUUUGAAGAGUUGACAACUGAUAAUUGUUUAAAGAUUACUAUAAAUAACAUGGCAGAUUGGUGGUUAGGCAAUCCUGAAAAUAAAUAUUUUAAAGCAGCCGAAGAAGCAAUUGAAGAAGAAUGGGGAAUAAAACCAUUGUAUAUAAGAGAAGGUGGAUCAAUUCCAGCAGUAAGCUGGUUGGAAAAAAAAUUCAAUGCAAUAACUGUACAUUUACCAAUUGGUCAGUCAACAGAUCAAGCUCAUUUAAAGAAUGAAAGAAUUAGAUUGCAAAAUUUGUAUGCUGGUAGAAGAAUAUUUAAAAAUUUAUUUGAUAAGUUUAAUUAUUUAUAA